AUGAUUACUAAUUUCAAGGAAUUACCAAGCAACUCCCAAACUACCAUGGAGGCCCUCAGAGAUCUCAACAUAUUCGAUAACAACAAUGAAUUCUAAUCCUCCUAGUAAAUUUCUAUUCGUCUGCACUCCUUUUUCGAGAAUGCGCAAAUUAAAACAUAAUUCUUGAAGUCCUUAUUUAAAAUUUUUGAAAUAGAGACUUAGGAAGAGGGAAAUUUAUUAAAAAAGUUAAAACUCCUCCUUUUCCUUCAUACUAUUUUAGGUUCAUCAGUAGCUCGAGUUGAAUUAUCUAAAAUUUUAAUAUCAAAACAAAUUAAUAUUCAAAUCGACAACACUCCUUUAGGAAAAGCCUGCCAACAAUACUAUUUUUAUCUAUAUAAGCUAGCCUCCUAAACUACAUUUAUUAAUGAAGACGUAAUCAAUGGUGAUAUAUUAAUUUAUUUUGCAUUAUCAAAUUAAUGCAAUUUAGGAAUUAGCAUUUAAUCCUUAAUUGAAGUCGUAGAAUCAUUUCAAACCAAUUAAUUGAUUGGUGAUAUAGUAAAAUAAAUAUAUUACGAUUUGCAAGACAUAGCUAUUUUUAUAAUAAAAGAUGUAAAGUCGCUUAUCGAAAAUUAAAAUGAUAAUAAAUAGAACAAAUUACAUAUACUUGAGUUAUAUAAAGAAUGCUAGGUACUCUAAUAGAAGAUGCUUGGAUUUUAUAGAUUUAAUCGACACUUUUCGCACUUUUCUCAAAUAAUGCCUCCUUUUUCAUUAAUAAUUGAGUAACAUUACCUAAAAGACUUACAAAACAAUAAACCUAAAAUUCACUCUUUAAAACAUUUAUCUAAGAUGAGUGAAGAACAUGUUAAAUUUUAACCAUAAACUUCUAAAUAAAGAUAAGUGAUAAAAUUUGAAUUUGUAGGUAAGAAACAAGAAAAAGAAUCUCCCUAGUUUUCAUUUUCAAAUUGA